AUAAUCAAUAAUUUUUUUACAGAAAGCGUGCGAGUUGAACCCAAAAGAUGGGACAUCUUGGUACCUCUUGGGCAUGUGGCACUAUAACAUCGCAGCCAUCCCUUGGUACCAACGUAAGGUUGCGGCGGUGUUGUUCGCGACGCCCCCCACGUCCACUUACCAGGAGGCUCUUGACGUCUUCUUGCACGCAGAGGAAGUAGCGCCUUCCUUCUACAGUCAGAACUUGUUGAUGAUCGGCAAGUGCUACGCGCAGCUACAGGACAGACAGCAGGCCGCCCUCUACCUGCAGCGCGCCCUAGACCUCGUCAAGGCGCUGCCUCAGCCUUCGCGCGACGACCAGAAUGCUGCUAAAGAGGCCGAGCAGCUACUCAAGUCUCUUUAACUUGACGCCAACUCAUGAAAUUUACUACGUUUAUUACGCUUAAUGCACUCGUAAAUAAAUUUUUCAUCUUCCUUAUGAUUGGUGUUUAGCGCAUUAUUAAAAAAAUAUUUCUUUGGAAUGUACGAAAAUAGUAAUCAAAUGUAUGAAUUUAGUUUCUGGUGCCUUAACUAUGUUUUUAACCUGUUAACAUAAAGUCUAAGUAUCGUGGCAUUUCGAAGUCUUAUCUAUGACGGAAUCAUGCCAGUUUGCCUCAAUAUCCUGGAUGCCGAAAAUGAAGCAAAAAAUAUUGCCUAUGAAAACUUGAAAUUGUUCCUCAUUUGCUGCCUUUUCGGUUGAGGGCCAAGCAGGGGCGGUCGGACGGCUCUGCUAGACCUGUGCUGUCGACCAUCUUACGGCUUGUCGAACACCAAGACCCAAAGUUGGACAGGGGCUUAAUCGCAUUUUUUUCUGGAACAGGUUGUGGUUAAUUGGCUCGAAAUGAUGGUUAACAUUGUAUUUGCACAGUUUGUUGAGGGUCAUGUGUCAUGAAAACGGCUGUCGAAAGUUGGAGACGGAUGUCGAAAGAUCGUUUGAGUUUGAAAUUUGUACCUACGUACGUGAAAUUUGAAAUGUACGUCAACUAGCGUAGCUGAAGUACAUGCGAUUGAAAGGUUUUUGGCUUUUCCUGAGUAUUUAGAUAAGCAUCGCCCCAUUUGUGCCUUAUUCCGAUUGUUCGUGGCUGUAGGUUGAAUCUAGGGCUCAAGGCACUAAAUAUUGUUAGUGUAUUUUAUUGAGAUUUAGACUCUGUAGCUGAUAUAUGUAGAAGAUAAGCUGUCUCAAAUAACUGUCGUGGAAUAUUCUUGUAUUUUUAACUAUUUAUAUCCCGCCGUGGUUUCCAUGUUGUGUGUUUCUGUGGUUAUGGUGGAUUGAGUCCUUAUGUAUGGAGGUUGUAGUUUUGAAUACAUCCUACAGGCACCGUUCGUAACUCCUGGCGUUGUAUCUUAUGUUUGCUUAUUUAUUAUUUGAUUUUCGUAAUGAAUUAACUUUGUGAGGGCCAGUGAUUGUCUUUAAUUACCUUGUUAUUCACCACUUUAUUUUAAGGCCAAUUAUCACACGCACUGAUACAGCGCCUAAUUGCAUUCCUUAUUGAUGUCUUCGCCGGAGCUGCUUGAUAAUUCAACAGUAACUUGUUACCCAUGCGGAAUCGUUACCUAUACCUAAUUGCCGCCAAUUGAUGGAAAGAGAUGCAGCAGAAUAACCAUAGAAAGUUUCCUUUAUUUUGUGAUUGAA